AAACAUAACCUGCUGAGAUUGGUAAUCUGCACAGAAGCUCGAGGGACCUUCCACGACCCACAAGUGUUUAUAAAUUCCCCUAUUUCACAUGUCACUCUUCAAUUCUCAUUUGCCACAGGACCCUCCCUUUGAGUGGCUUAUCUCUGCUAUCUCACCUUCUUAUCAAACUCCCUUCUUCUUCUCCCCAUCUCUCUCUCCAUGGAUCCUUACAAGCACCGCCCUUCAAGUGCUUUUGAUUCCCCAUACUGGACCACAAACGCCGGUGCUCCAGUUUGGAACAACGACUCUUCUUUGACUGUUGGACCUAGAGGUCCAGUUCUCCUUGAGGACUAUCAUCUGGUGGAGAAACUUGCCACCUUUGAUAGAGAACGAAUCCCAGAGCGUGUUGUCCAUGCUAGGGGAGCCAGUGCAAAGGGAUUCUUUGAGGUCACUCAUGAUAUUUCUCAGCUUACUUGUGCUGACUUCCUUCGAGCCCCUGGUGUUCAGACACCUGUCAUUGUGCGUUUCUCCACUGUUAUCCAUGAGCGUGGCAGCCCUGAAACCCUGAGGGAUCCUCGUGGUUUUGCAGUGAAGUUUUACACCAGAGAGGGUAAUUUUGACCUGGUUGGAAACAAUUUCCCCGUCUUUUUUGUCCGUGAUGCAAUGAAAUUCCCGGACGCCAUCCGUGCUUUCAAACCGAACCCCAAGUCGCACAUCCAAGAGACUUGGAGGAUCCUUGACUUCUUCUCCCACCUUCCAGAAAGCCUGCACACGUUCGCCUUCUUUUAUGAUGAUCUGGGAGUUCCACAAGAUUACAGGCACAUGGAAGGCUCUAGUGUUCACGCCUAUACCCUCAUCAGUAAGGCAGGGAAAGUACACUAUGUGAAAUUUCAUUGGAAACCUACUUGUGGAGUCAAGUGUUUGUUGGAGGAUGAAGCUAUUAAGGUUGGAGGAGCUAAUCACAGCCAUGCUACCAAGGACCUCUAUGAUUCCAUUGCAGCUGGCAACUACCCUGAGUGGAAACUUUAUAUUCAGACAAUGGAUCCUGAUCACGAGGACAGAUUUGACUUUGACCCUCUUGACUUAACUAAGACCUGGCCUGAAGAUAUUCUUCCCCUGCAGCCAGUUGGGCGUCUGGUUCUGAAUAAAAACAUUGAUAACUUCUUUGCAGAGAAUGAACAACUUGCGUUUAACCCUGCCCAUGUUGUCCCUGGUGUCUACUAUUCAGAUGAUAAGAUGCUCCAAACUCGAAUCUUCGCAUAUUCUGAUACUCAGAGGCACCGUCUUGGCCCGAACUAUCUGCAGCUCCCAGUGAAUGCUCCCAAGUGUCCUCAUCAUAACAAUCACCAUGAGGGAUUCAUGAAUUUCAUGCACAGGGAUGAGGAGGUUAAUUACUUCCCUUCAAGGUAUGAUCCUGUUCGUCAUGCUGAGCGCUACCCCAUUCCUUCUAAUAUCCUUUAUGGAAAGCGUGAGAAGUGUGUCAUUGAGAAGGAGAACAACUUUAAGCAACCUGGAGAGAGAUACAGAUCUUGGGCGCCAGACAGGCAAGAGCGAUUCAUCCGCCGAUGGGUGGAUGCCCUAUCAGACCCGCGUGUCACCCAUGAGAUUCGCAGCAUUUGGAUCUCAUACUGGUCUCAGGCAGAUAAGUCUCUGGGUCAAAAGCUCGCAUCCCGUCUCAAUGUGAGGCCAAGCAUUUGAGGGUUAUGCCAAGUCAAAUGUUUGAAUUCCUAGCAGUGUUAUACUAAAUUUGGUAUGUAAUGUGAACUGUAGUUCCAAUGUAAUAAGCGCCGGUUGUAUGUGCCGAUUUUCUCUUGUUUCUAUACAAGAUAUUAUGCAGUCGUUCUUGUAGUUCACAUGCAUAUUAGUGUCCUGUCUUAGUGUGUAUGCUUGUGUUUGUGGACUUGGAUUGUCAUGUUAGAUGAGUCAUGUGGCAAAAGCUCGUACAGUAUGUUUGGUACCUGGUAUUAGACUCUGGAUAUGAGUAAAUAGUCAAUGUCAAUUGUUUGAUGUCAACUUGUAUUAUUUAAUUACUGGAAUAUAAUAAACAGAUUAAGUUUUUAAUA